AUGGUCGGCUCUGUAUCGACUGUCAAAUCGACAGGUUCCCCAUCUCCAACAACCUGUCCUUGGAGCUCCCCCGCCAUCUGCUUCUUCAGCUGCUCCACCUGGUGCUGCUGUGUGGUUAAAGUGUUUACCUGGGUUAGUGUGGUUAAAGUGUUUACCUGGGUUAGUGUGGUUAAAGUGUUUACCUGGGUUAGUGUGGUUAAAGUGUUUACCUGGGUUAGUGUGGUUAAAGUGUUUACCUGGGUUAGUGUGGUUAAAGUGUUUACCUGGGUUAGUGUGGUUAAAGUGUUUACCUGGGUUAGUGUGGUUAAAGUGUUUACCUGGGUUAGUGUGGUUGAAGUGUUUACCUGGGUUAGUGUGGUUAAAGUGUUUACCUGGGUUAGUGUGGUUAAAGUGUUUACCUGGGUUAGUGUGGUUAAAGUGUUUACCUGGGUUAGUGUGGUUAAAGUGUUUACCUGGGUUAGUGUGGUUAAAGUGUUUACCUGGGUUAGUGUGGUUGAAGUGUUUACCUGGGUUAGUGUGGUUAAAGUGUUUACCUGGGUUAGUGUGGUUAAAGUGUUUACCUGGGUUAGUGGGGUUAAAGUGUUUACCUGGGUUAGUGUGGUUGAAGUGUUUACCUGGGUAAGUGUGGUUAAAGUGUUUACCUGGGUUAGUGUGGUUGAAGUGUUUACCUGGGUUAGUGGGGUUAAAGUGUUUACCUGGGUUAGUGUGGUUGAAGUGUUUACCUGGGUAAGUGUGGUUAAAGUGUUUACCUGGGUUAGUGUGGUUGAAGUGUUUACCUGGGUUAGUGUGGUUAAAGUGUUUACCUGGGUUAGUGUGGUUAAAGCGUUUACCUGGGUUAGUGUGGUUUGGUGCCACAUCGCUGGCAGACAUAAACAACUACACGUGGUUAAACAUCAGAGCUAG